AUGACAGAAACUCCAAUAUUAGCCGACAGGAUCCUUCCAAACAGCAGUGUAUGGAAAGUUUCGCUACCCGGUGGCUUUGAUUUCGACCAUCAGAGCAAAGCAGCAUUGUUCACAGACAUACUGAACGGCAACCAUACGUUUGCGUUCCAACACAACCCAGCUCUGCUUCGAGCAAGAAUCGCAUCCUUCUUUCUGAUUUACACUGCACCAAUGCUGACUGAGUCUGACAAGACUUGGUGGAUGUCUACAUACAAAGGUCCAAAAAGAACAUGGCAGGAGGCACUUGAUCACGUCCACAGUAUUAAGCAUGAGGCCGUCGAAGUUCUCUUCCACCUGUGUGUGCAAUCUUAUAACACCACAGUUCAGCUGGGCAGGGAACGUACUCUAAUCGAAGACACGUUCACCGAACCCGUUGGCCAAGAUGGCCAGGCAUUUCUCGAUAUGGAUUGCCAAUCAUUGGUUCUAAAUCGAUCGUGGGCGUGCAGUACCAGCCCUGACCGCGGGGAUGAAAUUUUAAGCCUCCGGGAUCCCGCUCAACGUGUAGGUUCUGCAACCAAGCUGGUUCGAAAUGAAGCCGCAGUUUUCAGCACGAAUUAUCGUGCGAUGGAAGAGAUCUCUCAGGCAAUGAGGAGCUUCUUCGCAGGCUUUGCAUUCGUUUCGAUGGCCCCUGAUACUAGCGGGUCUCUUCCACAACACGUUCAAGGUUUUCAAUUCAUCAGUACACUUCAUGAAGCGGUCCUGUUCUCGCGAAGCAACAUACUAAACCUCGAACUUCGAGAACUUUGCCUCAAAAAUAUUUACGAAAACGUUGCCACUUUAGUAUCUGCCUCGUACGUCCAGACAUAG